AUGGGUCGAGUGUUCAAGUUAUUUAGUGUUCGGGAGUAUAACCUGCUUCUACAUUGGAUAUCUUCUGUUCCUGUAUCAUUUGUGAUCUGUAUACUGGGUCUAAUUGGAAAUGUAUUAUGUUGCAUUGUAUGGAAUCGUAUUGGGAAGAAAAGUGAAACAUCAAAAUCAUGCUCAAUCUAUCUGAUCGUACUGGCUGUCGGAGACAGUGGCGUUCUUUUGUUCUUUUUGCUGACUACCUCGCUUCAAGUUGAAUUCCCAAGUGUAAGGAAAACUUACGCGUAUGCAGUACUGUAUUCAUGGGUAGCUUAUCCGUUAAUGAUUUACUUCAAGGUAUACAGUCGAUGGGUGAUGAUUGCUGUGACACUUAAUCGUUUCCUUGUUCUUCGCUUUCCACUGCAGUCUGCCACAUUUAACACAAGAAGAAAAACAGUAAUUGUAUUAACGGUGUUAGCAGUUGUACUCGUUCCCUUUGUAGUACCGUUUUGGUUUUAUUUUGCACCAGAAAAAAGAGGAGACGGUUAUAAAUUAAACAAGACAGAUUUUGGAACAGGAAAUGGUGGGGUAAUAAACCAAUUUUGGGUGCACUGUGUGUUCUUAAUUUUGGUUCCUUUCUUGUCGAUUUUGGUGCUGAAUAUUCUCAUUAUACGCAAGUUAUCAACGCGGGCAAAGAAGACGUAUUCUAUUUCUAACAAAGGUUUAACGCGAGCAAAACAAAUGAAAACACAAUUGACCAAAUCAUUACUGGCUGUAACUUUCUUAUUCAUUGCAUUACUCUUUUGGCAAUGUGUAUCAAAAUGCUUUUACAUGCUGCAGUAUGGAAAAGAAUCACGUCGAGUUUGGAAAAUUGUUGAUGGUAAUUUUGCCUUGUCCAAAAUUGGUUUGGUUCUAAAUUCAUCCAUCAAUACUUUAAUCUAUUCCGUGAUUGGAACAAGAUUUCGAAAUGAAGUUCGACGUUUGUUUUGCUGUUCGGGAGGAGCAUACACUCAGUCGCCAGCUAAAGAACAGACAUUAAGUAUAACUUUGUCAAGAAUAUAA